AUGUAUGACAACAUCAUUCUUCAAGCGUUCGUCGGAGGUGAUCGCGCAAAGACGCGGGCAGAUCUUGAGCUGGCCAAAUCUCGAUUGCGCAAUUUUGAUGUAAUCUUCAUAUUGGAGCAUCUUAGCCACACCCUUCAGCUUGCCACCACACGACUGGGAUGGAGGCCAGCUGCACAAGGUGCAUUUCAUGCUACACGCCACUUGGUUGAUGAGGCCGAAGACCAAGAACGAUUAUUCACGACUCAUGGAAUCACCCAUGAGCAAUGGCAACAGGUUAUAGAGCGGAACAGUCUCGACAUUGAGUUGUACGACUACGUGCGCGAGCUCUCAUUUGGCAUGUUGCAGGCAGAUGGCUUCCCAAUGCCGACAGAGGAUGAGCGCACCGUUGCUCCGCAGUGGAACAAUGACGUGCUGCGGAUGCGUCGGGCAAGCCUGCGAGAAGCCCACAUUGAAUAG